AUGCCGAAUACCAAUGCUGAAAUCGAGGCUCAAAUUUCCAAAGCUAUAGCUUCUCUAUCUGAUCAAUCAAAGCCCAAUAUCUCGAAGACUGCGCGUGAAUUCGCGGUGCCUGAAAGCAGGCUUCGGCGGCGCUGGAAGGGUGGAAAGUCGCUUUUUCAACGCCAGCCCAACGGUCGCAAACUCAGUUUUACACAAGAAGCUGCUUUAUGCCGGUUUAUCGACUCCUUUGAUCAAGCUGACGCCCCUGUCACCCGUGCACAAAUCACUGAUGCUGCCAAUUCGAUCCUCGAGAAAUCUCACACCGACCCCUCUACAAAACCCCCCAAAUCGGCGAGCAUUGGCUGA